AUGCACCACUCGAGGAGGAAGUCUGGUCAUGCUUCUGCAAAUACCUCGAUGACCGACGUUCGAAAGUUCGCAACUGUCUCCGUCUCCGAGGUCAACUCUUCUUCUUCUUCACGAUUUCACAAGUCCUCCCGUCCAGCAGCCAUGACGCGGAGAGUCACGCCCACCGUCGCCCACAAGCUGGGCAAGAGCCCCAGGGACCGCGAGCGCGAGUGGGAGGAGGAGCGCUGGUUCGACGACGAGAGGGAAAGCUUCCCUCAGUUCUGCAUGACCUGUGAGAAGCAAUUCGUCCCUCAAGACGACAAAUUCCUGUACUGCUCAGAAGCCUGCCGCAGACAAGAUCACAAAAACAACGGCGCCGCAAGAAGUGCCAUGUCCAAGGCUUAUGAGCUUCACGCGGGCAGCUACCCCUUCUACUCCGCCGAUAACCCGGAGCCCAGGGACAUCAUCCCGCGAGCUUCGCCCUCCAGGCCCAGCUCUACGUAUUUUGCCCCUCCCGAUCCCGUCACUCACACCUCGGCCAUCUCUGCCCUGAGGUCUCUGUCGAUACAAGACCCAAGCCCACCGUCGCCCACCCUGACUGGUUCCUAUCACACAAACAUCUGGCCUUUCUCGCGCAUCAGCGGCAGCAGCCCGGACUCGUACUCGAGGCCAUCAGCGGGUUACUUCUCGUCCACGUAUGACAAUGGCUACUACGGCACGCAGGCGGGAUACACGAUGUCGUCUCCCACCAUGGAACGGCCACUGCCUUCAAGGAAGCCCAAUAGCUAUUCUCGCCCCAAGAGCAUCGAGCUCGUCACACCAAUGGUGGGGAGGUAG